CAUUGUGCUCUCAAUCCCAAAUGCUUCUGUAUUGACUUUGAAGAGCAGAAGAACUGAAGAAGGAAGAACGGCUGCCCUCUCCUCCGUCUCUCACCGCGCCGGCUGCCGUCACCGUGGCUCGCUGGCUGUCUCAGUGGUCGCCCUCUCCGCCGUCUCUCACCGCGCCGGCUGCCCUCACCGCCGCUCGCUGCCUCUCUCAGCCGAAGCCUCUCGCCGUCACCCUCUCCGCCGUCUCUCAUCGCGGCCCUCUUCACUGCCUCUGAAGCCUACCGCCGCCGCCGCACAGCCUCAUCGAAAUGCUAUUUUCUCGGAUUGCGAGGCGCAGCUUGAACCGGUGUCGAUGGCUAUUCGUGUUUCGAGAUGAGCAUCAGCAAGUGGUCUCUUCCAGUCUGUUUCGCUCUCCGACCGAUACUGAAAAGGCUUUGGGUUGCAGAGAAAAUUACUCCUGGGCUUCACAUGCCAUUCAUGGAUUUGGGCGUCGACCAUACCAUCAAAGCAGCUCAGUUGUUGAGGAGCAACUGGAUCCAUUUUCACUUGUUGAAAAUGAACUCACUGUUCUUGCUAAUAGGUUGCGCGAAAUGGUAAUUGCUGAGGUCCCAAAACUUGCUUCAGCUGCAGAGUACUUCUUCAAGAUGGGGGUGGAAGGAAAGAGAUUCCGACCAACAGUUUUAUUGUUGAUGGCAACAGCUUUGAAUCUACCUAUACCCAGACCAGCUGCUGAUGACAUGGUUGGUGAUUUAUCAACAGAACUACGCAGAAGACAACAGUGUAUAGCCGAGAUAACAGAAAUGAUCCAUGUGGCUAGCCUUCUUCAUGAUGAUGUAUUGGAUGAUGCAGAUACAAGACGUGGGAUUGGUUCAUUAAACUUUGUGAUGGGCAAUAAGUUAGCAGUAUUGGCUGGAGAUUUCCUCCUUUCCAGAGCUUGUGUAGCCCUUGCCUCUUUGAAGAACACAGAAGUUGUAUCAUUAUUGGCAAGAGUGGUAGAGCAUCUUGUUACGGGUGAGACCAUGCAAAUGACUACUACAUCUGAGCAGCGUUGUAGCAUGGAAUAUUAUUUGCAAAAGACAUACUAUAAGACAGCGUCGUUGAUUUCAAACAGCUGCAAGGCAAUUGCACUUCUUGCAGGGCAAACGACAGAAGUUUCAAUGUUGGCUUAUGAAUAUGGAAAAAAUCUGGGUUUGGCAUAUCAGUUGAUAGACGAUGUUCUUGAUUUCACAGGCACAUCAACUUCCCUUGGAAAGGGCUCUUUGUCCGACAUCCAUCAUGGAAUUGUAACAGCUCCAAUAUUAUAUGCCAUGGAGGAAUUCCCACAAUUACAUGCAGUUGUUGAUCGGGGAUUUGACAACCCAGCAGAUGUAGAUCUCGCUCUCGACUACCUUGGGAAGAGCCGGGGAAUACAAAAAACAAGAGAGCUGGCGGCAAAACACGCCAGCCUUGCCGCAGCUGCAAUUGACUCUCUUCCUGAGAGUGACGAUGAGGACGUGCAAAGAUCAAGACGGGCUCUCGUGGAUCUAACUCAAAGGGUCAUUACAAGAAUGAAGUAGAGUGGCAGCAUUAAUUUAUGCCGCGACAAUUUCAUUGUUUUAAAUAGUUAUUUCCAUUCAUUUCCUCCAUUAAUGUGUUUGUAAGGUUUAGAGUCAUUUAACAUAUCUUAUUCUCUUCCAAAUUUUUUCAUUUUAAUCUUCAAAUAGGAGUCAUGGCAGCAACAACUCGUUAAAACUUGCAAUGGUGUAAGUGUAAACCCUGGGAUAAAUGUUAUUUCUACAUCUGAGAUGAAUAAAAUAUACCUGGGUCUUAGUUGAGCCA